UCCGCAUUCGGUCUUCGAACUCCGUUGUGUUUGGAGGUGUGACAAACUGCUUAAAGUGUGGCUACAACGAAGAUGAAGUGGUUUUUAUUGCUUGUGGUGACCGUUGGAAUAGGUUUGGCAUCGGCCGAUCUCAGCUAUACCCAUUAUCGCCUGCCGACGGCUCUGCGACCCCAAACGUAUCACUUGCGGAUCCUAACGCAGCUGGAAAACCCGGAAGAUCUUCGUUUUAGCGGCAAUGUGAAAAUCGUGAUUGAAGCCCUGCAAAACACAAAGAACAUAACGCUGCAUUCGAAGGAUCUUAUUAUAGAUGAGCCUCAAAUCACUCUUCGCCAAAUAAGCGGUGAAGGGAAGACGGACAACUGCGUAACUUCCUCGACUGUGAAUCCCACCCACGACUUUUAUGUUCUCAACACCUGUCAAGAAUUAUUGGCUGGCCAUGUCUAUGAGCUGAAUUUGCCAUUUUCGGCCGAGUUGAACCGCCAACUGGAGGGGUACUACCGUAGUUCAUACGUGGAUCAUGUGGCCAAUGAGACCAGAUGGAUCUCUAUUACCCAUUUUGAACCAGCUUCGGCUCGAAAGGCUUUUCCCUGCUUCGAUGAGCCCGGCUAUAAGGCAUCCUUUGUGAUCACACUGGGCUAUCACAAGAAGUUCACAGGUCUCAGCAAUAUGCCCGUGAAGGAAACUAAGUCACAUGAGACUCUUCCCGACUACAUUUGGACCGAAUUCCAAGAGUCAUUGCCAAUGUCCGCCUACCUGGUGGCCUAUUCCGUUAAUGAUUUCUCCCACAAGCCUUCAAAUCUGCCCAAUGGAGCCCUUUUCCGGACUUGGGCCAGGCCCAAUGCCGUCGAUCAGUGUGACUAUGCCGCAGAGUUUGGACCAAAAGUAAUCCAAUACUAUGAGCAGUUAUUCGGAGUAAAGUUGCCGCUGACGAAGGUCGAUCAGAUCGCAUUGCCCGACUUCAAUAUUGGUGCCAUGGAGAACUGGGGUCUUGUCACGUAUAGAGAAACUGCACUGCUAUACUCACCUGAGUUUUCCUCGCUGAAGGACAAACAAGAACUCGCCAACAUCGUGGCUCAUGAGUUGGCCCACCAGUGGUUCGGCAAUCUGGUCACAAUGCAAUGGUGGACUGAUCUCUGGCUUAAGGAGGGAUUUGCCACCUAUGUGGCUACCUUGGGCGUGGAGUACAUCCAUCCGGAGUGGCGUUCCAUGGAGCUGGAGUCGUUGUCCAACCUGCUAGCCAUUUUUCGAAAGGACUCCCUGGAGAGCAGUCAUCCCAUUUCGAGGCCUAUUGGAAUGGUUUCCCAGAUUAUCGAAAGCUUUGACGAGAUCUCGUACGAGAAAGGAUCUUCAGUGCUGCGCAUGAUGCACUUGUUCCUGGGCGAGGAAUCUUUCCGCUCCGGUUUGAAAACCUAUUUAGAAAGGUAUUCUUAUAAGAACGCCGAACAGGAUAAUCUUUGGGAGUCACUUACCCAAGCUGCCCACAAAAAUGGAGCUCUGCCAAAGAGCUAUGAUAUCAAGACAAUCAUGGACUCGUGGACUUUGCAAACUGGUUAUCCCGUACUUAAUGUAACCCGUGAUUAUACGGCCAGGACAGCGAAACUCAGUCAGGAGCGCUACCUCCUAAAUACUGAUAUUUCACGGAUGAACAGCGGUGGAUGUUGGUGGAUUCCACUGAGCUACACCACGCAAGCGGAAAGGGACUUUAACAACACGACCCCCAAGGCGUGGAUGGAGUGCAGCCCGAAUGGCGACAGUCUUAACAAAACCAUACAGGAUCUGCCUGGUGCCGAUCAGUGGGUAAUCUUCAACAACCAGUUGUCCACGCCCUACAAGGUCAACUACGAUGCCCAGAACUGGAAACUUCUGAUUGAGACUUUGAACAGCGAGGACUACCAAACAAUCCACGUGAUCAAUAGGGCUCAACUUAUAGACGAUGUCUUGUACUUCGCCUGGACAGGAGAACAGAACUACGAGAUUGCACUUCAAGUCAUUAAUUAUCUACAGAGAGAAACAGAGCUUCUUCCUUGGAAAUCGGCGUUCGACAAUCUAAAGCUGUUGAAUCGCAUUGUGCGACAGACACCCAGCUUCGAGUUCUUUAAGAACUACGUGAAAAAACUCAUCACACCUAUCUAUGAGCACCUGAAUGGCAUCAACGACACAUUUGAAUCGAUUCAACAGCAGGAUCGAGUUCUAUUAAAAACGAUGGUGGUCUUAUGGGCGUGCCAGUACCAGGUGGCAGAUUGCGUACCCCAGUCCUUAGCCUACUACCGCAACUGGAGAUCGGAGCCAAAUCCCGACGAGAACAACCCAGUGCCCAUAAAUGUGCGCAACACGGUCUAUUGCACCUCGAUCAGCCAUGGAUCCGAUGCCGAUUGGGAGUUCCUGUGGACGCGGUACAAGAAGUCGAAUGUGGCGGCCGAAAAGCGUACCAUUUUGACGGCCUUGGGUUGCUCCAAGGAGGUGUGGCUGCUGCAGCGUUACCUGGAGCUAAUCUUUGACCCCAAAGAGGAUAUUCGCAAGCAGGACUCGAAGUGGGCAUUCCAGGCGGUGGCCAAAACCGAGGUGGGCUUCCUGCUGGCCAAGAAGUACUUUAUGGACAAUGUGGACUUUAUACACAAGUUCUACCAUCAGCUUACUAAAAGCAUGGCUCCUCUCCUAGAGCCACUUCGAUUGCAGGUCUUUGUCCGUAAAGACUACAAUGAGUUCAAGGAAUUUGUUGUGAAUUCAAAAGAGUCCUUUAAGGGUUCGGAGGAGGCAAUUCAACAGACCUUGGAGAUUAUGUUGACCAAUGUGCAGUGGAAGGAGCGAAACUAUGAACAGUUCACCCGUGCCAUUAAACGUAUCGAAAUGAAAAGGCUUCUGCUAUUUGUGGUGGCACUUGGCCUGAGAUUAGCAUCGGUCGAUUCCAGCUACGACUAUUUUCGACUCCCAACUGCUCUUCGACCACAGAAGUACGACUUGCGCAUCUUGACACAUCUGGAAAAUCCCGAUGAUCAUCGCUUUAGCGGUUAUGUGAAAAUCGCAAUAGAAGCUCAGCAGAACACGAAGAACAUAACUCUUCACUCGAAGAAACUUACGAUCAACGAGACUCAAAUCACUCUUCGACAAAUAAGCGGUGAUCGCAAGUCUAAUAACUGUGUCAACUCCACGGAGGUGAAUCCCACCCACGACUUUUAUAUUCUCAGCACCUGUGAAGAGCUCUUAGCUGGCCAAGUCUAUGAGCUGAAUUUGCCCUUUUCCGCCAAGUUAACAGACCAACUUGAAGGUUACUAUUUGAGCUCCUACGUUAAUCCGCUGGCAAAUGAGACAAGAUGGAUCUCCAUUACGCAUUUUGAACCAGCUUCGGCUCGUUUGGCCUUCCCCUGUUUCGAUGAGCCCGGCUAUAAGGCACCUUUUGUGAUCACAUUGGGCUAUCACAAGAAGUUCACAGGUAUCAGCAAUAUGCCCGCUAAGGAAACUAAGCAGCAUGAAUACCUGGCCGAUUACGUAUGGACCGAGUUCCAAGAGUCAUUGCCAAUGCCCACUUACCUGGUGGCAUAUUCCGUUAACGAUUUCUCCCACAAACCUUCUACUCUGCCAAACGGCACUCUUUUCCGGACUUGGGCACGACCCAAUGCCGUCGAUCAGUGUGACUAUGCCGCAGAGUUUGGACCCAAAGUACUCAAGUACUAUGAGCAGUUGUUCGGCAUUAGGUUCCCGCUUCCAAAGGUCGAUCAGAUCGCCGUGCCAGACUUCAUUGCGGGUGCCAUGGAGAACUGGGGUUUGGUGGUCUACACGGAGAGUGCGCUUCUGUAUUCCGCUAAGUAUUCCGCGCUGGAGGACAAACAGGAAAUCGCCAAUGUGGUCGCUCAUGAGUUGGCCCACCAGUGGUUCGGCAACUUAGUGACUAUGAAGUGGUGGACUGACCUCUGGCUGAACGAGGGAUUCGCCACUUAUGUGGCCAGCCUGGGCGUUGAAAGCAUUCAUCCGGAAUGGCGUUCAGUAGAGAAGGAUUCACAUUCCAACCUCUUGACGAUUUUUCGAAAGGACUCCCUGAAUAGCAGUCAUCCGAUUUCAAGACCCAUUGAAAUGGUAUCGCAGAUUUCUGAAAGCUUCGAUGAGAUAUCAUACGAGAAAGGCUCCUCAGUGCUGCGCAUGAUGCACUUGUUCCUGGGAGACGAUUCAUUCCGCUCCGGUUUGAAAUCCUAUCUAGAAAGGUAUGCUUAUAAGAACGCCGAACAGGAUAAUCUGUGGGAGUCAUUUACCCAAGCUGCCCACAAAAAUAAUGCUUUGCCCAAGAACUACGACAUCAAGAUUAUAAUGGACUCGUGGACUCUGCAAACCGGCUAUCCUGUGAUCAAUGUGACCCGUGACUAUGAGGCAAAGACGGCGAAACUCAGCCAAAGGCGCUACCUCCUGAAUACCAAUAUAUCCAGAGCUGACCUCGGUGAAUGUUGGUGGGUUCCUCUGAGCUAUACCAACCAGGUGGAAAAGGACUUUGACAACACAAACCCGAAGGCGUGGAUGGAGUGCAGCGACAAUGGGGAAAGCCUGCCCAAGACUAUUCGUGGCCUUCCAGGAUCCGAUCAGUGGGUAAUCUUCAAUAACCAGUUGUCCACGCCCUACAAGGUCAACUACGAUGACCAGAACUGGAAACUUCUCAUUCAAACUCUGAAUAGUGAGGAGUUCCAGACCAUCCACGUGGUCAAUAGGGCUCAACUUAUAGACGAUGUCAUGUACUUCGCCUGGACUGGAGAGCAGAACUACCACGUGGCACUGCAAAUGUUGAACUAUUUGCAGAGAGAGCGGGAGCUUCUGCCUUGGAGGUCAGCCCUAGAGCAUCUACAGAUUCUAAGUGUCAUUUAUCGCCAGACUUCGAACUUUAAGUUCUUUAAGCCCCUGAUAGCAAAGCUGAUCACCCCAGUAUAUGAGCAACUAAAGGGCAUAAACUAUACAGAUUUCCAGAACCAAAAGCAGGAUGAUAUUCUCCUAAAGACGACGGUGGCGAACUGGGCUUGCUGGUUUGAGGUUUCCGACUGUGUACCCCAGGCCUUGGCAUACUUCCGCAACUGGCGAUCUGUGGCUAAUCCCGAUGAGGAUAAUCCAGUUCCCCUCGGCGUUCGUAGCAUUGUGUACAGCACUUCCAUUGAACAUGGCAGCGAUGAGGACUGGGAGUUUCUGUGGGCGCGGUACCUGAAGUCGAAUGUGGCGGCCGAAAAGCAGAUCAUUAUGGAUGCUCUGGCCUGUUCGCAGGAGGUGUGGGUGCUGCAGCGAUAUCUGGAGAAGAUAUUCGACUCUAAAGGAGACAUACGAAAGCAGGAUUCAGCUUCUGUUUUCCAGUCAAUUGCCUCCAAUCCGGUAGGCUUUCUCUUGGCCAAGAAGUACCUUAUGGACAACGUGGACUUCAUCUCCAAAUUCUAUCAUCCCCAGGCCGAGACUAUGUCUGAACUUCUGCCGCCGCUUUCCGAUCAAGUCUUUUCCCGGAGAGACUACAAUGAGUUUAAGAGCUUUAUCGCCAAUUCACAGGAACAGUUCAAGAAUAUGGAUCAGGCAAUCCAUCAGAACUUGGAGAUAAUGCUGACCAAUGUGCAAUGGAAGGAGCGAAACUAUGACCAGUUCACCAGUGCUCUUCAAGAAGUUCUGUAGACUAAUCUAGUCUACCUAUUGGUCAGAGUCUUACAAAAAAGUAUCUUCUAGUAUUUAAAGAUUCCAUAACUUAAUUGGUCGAAUAAAAUACAUAUUACA